UUUUUUGUUGGGUCGGUUGGACAAAAUAAAGUGCCGAGGGAACUGGGAGAGGAGCCAAAUCUUUCCAGAUGUAACGGAAAACAGCCAUAUGAUGGAAGCAUUCUUCAAAGGAAACUUGAGCCAGAAAGACAUUUUUUAUCUCCGAAGGGCAGUCAGGCUAAUUUUGGUUGUGUUUACUUGAGAAACGGCAGAGAGGAAAACAAGUUUAACACGUUAUGCGACUGCUAUCCUGAGCCAUAGUCCAUAUCAAGACAUAGUGUAGGUAGAGUUCGCUGCAGUUUGAUGGGAAGAAGGGAACAGAUUUAGCUUGAAAGAGACAUCAUCAACUGUUUGUGUAUGUGUACUUAUCAUUGAAAGUGGCACAUUACACAUUCACACAUUUAUAUUAAAAGGAUCUAUAUUACUGUGUAUCAUCACUUAUAAAUCCACUAUAUUUCGAGCUGAAUCAGAAAGAUUAUUGACAUUGGUAGGCACACAAAGAGGCCUGUUUUCUUUCACAUGCCCAGUGGCAGCCAUCCACUUUGCUUCAAUGGAGAAGAACAGCAGCAAAAGAACAAAUUGUAGAGGCCGCUGUCACCUCAGCAUCAGCUGGGAGAUAGCCUAGCUCAGCUCAGGUCAGCACAGCCCCGCUAGCUAGUCCUUGACCACACCCCGACCCCAUCCUUCUCUCCCUGCAUCCCGCGAAACACCCGCCCUCUUCUACUUUUUCCAAGUGAGUCGCCAUGGCAUCGGUGCGCUUCACGGUGACGCCCACCAAGGCGGAGGACCUCCCGGGGCUGUCUGACACAUCGCCCGACAUCAGCUCCCGGUCCGGCGCUCGCGUGCGCUUCGGCUCCAGGGAGAGCGUCAAUCGCAGCGACCCGCUCAGCGAGGCAUCGGGGGGCGUGACGACGGGAGCAGGGGCUGACACGCCGGAGCACAGCAGUGUGGACCAAGGUGAAGGAAAUUCCAAAAUCUCCAGCGUGUACAUCAACAACACUCACGGGGUGGAUGACGAUGACUUCUACGACAGAAACUUGGCUUUAUUUGAGGAGGAGAUGGACACUCGUCCGAAGGUGUCCUCUCUGCUCAGUCGCCUGGCCAACUACACCAACCUGACGCAGGGUGCAAAGGAACACGAGGAGGCAGAGAACAUCGGCGAGAAGAAGAAAGCCAGCAAGUCGCCGCAGAUGGGCACAUUUAUGGGUGUCUACCUGCCGUGCCUCCAGAACAUCUUCGGCGUCAUCCUGUUCCUGCGGUUGACCUGGGUGGUGGGAACUGCUGGGGUUCUGCAGGGCCUCUGCAUUGUCUUCAUAUGCUGUUGCUGUACGAUGCUGACUGCAAUAUCCAUGAGUGCUAUCGCCACUAAUGGAGUUGUACCAGCGGGAGGCGCCUACUUCAUGAUCAGUCGCUCUCUGGGCCCAGAGUUUGGGGGGGCGGUGGGCCUGUGUUUCUACUUGGGCACCACCUUCGCGGGAGCCAUGUACAUCCUGGGAGCCAUCGAGAUCCUUCUGAUGUACAUAGCACCCAAGGCAGCCAUUUUUGAGUCAAAGCAGCCUGAAGGCGAAGGGGCUGCCAUGUUGAACAACAUGCGGGUCUACGGCUCCAUCUGCCUCCUCCUGAUGUCCUUGCUGGUCUUCGUGGGCGUGAAGUACGUCAACAAGCUUGCCUCCAUUUUCCUGGCCUGCGUCAUCGUCUCCAUCAUCUCCAUCUACAUCGGAGCGCUCGUCUCCGCCUUCAAACCUCCGGAUUUCACCGUGUGCAUGCUGGGAAACAGAACUAUCAGCGGCCAUGCAAUAGACGACGACGAGUGCGCCAAAACCGCCCUGCUGCAGAUUAAAGAGCCAGCGGAGGGCGCCGACGCCAACUUCACAAUUAUUUAUGAAAACAUCACUGUGGGCCCGACUCUUGACCCCAGCCUUGCUCCUGCUCUGGUGGAGAAGACCACAUAUCUUUGGAAGCAGUUUUGCGAGGGGCCGGAACUCAACGCCUCCUGCGACAAAUACUUCCAAUCCAACAAUUUUUCCAAGAUUGAAGGGAUUCCCGGUCUGGCCAGUGGCAUCAUUUCAGAGAACGUGUGGAGCUCCUACCUCAGCAAAGGGGACGUGGUGGAGAAAGGCUCCAUGAACUCCUCUCUUGUUGCACAUCCGGCAUCCACUCAUCAGCCUUACGUGUUUGCUGACAUCACCACCUCCUUCACACUGCUGGUGGGCAUCUUCUUCCCCUCUGUCACAGGAAUCAUGGCUGGUUCCAACCGGUCGGGAGAUCUGAAGGAUGCCCAGCGCUCCAUCCCAAUUGGAACCAUUCUCGCCAUCCUCACCACCUCCAUCGUCUACCUAAGCAGCGUUGUUUUGUUCGGAGCCUGCAUCGACGGGGUGGUCCUCAGAGACAAGUUCGGAGACUCCGUUAAAGGCAAUCUGGUGGUGGGGACUCUGGCGUGGCCCUCGCCCUGGGUCAUCGUGAUUGGCUCCUUCUUCUCAACGUGUGGCGCAGGCCUCCAGUCGCUGACUGGCGCUCCCCGGCUCCUGCAGGCCAUUGCCAAGGACAACAUCAUCCCCUUUCUGCGGGUGUUCGGCCAUGGGAAGGAUAAUGGGGAACCCACCUGGGCCUUGCUGCUGACAGCCCUGAUAGCCGAGCUCGGGAUUCUCAUCGCCUCUCUGGACCUGGUGGCUCCCAUCCUCACAAUGUUCUUCCUCAUGUGCUAUCUGUUUGUCAACCUGGCCUGUGCCCUCCAGACCCUCCUGAGGACGCCCAACUGGAGGCCACGCUUCUCCUAUUACCACUGGACCUUGUCAUUUUUGGGGAUGACUAUCUGCCUGGCACUCAUGUUCAUAUCCUCUUGGUACUACGCAAUCGUUGCCAUGGUGAUCGCCGGCAUGAUCUACAAGUACAUUGAGUACCACGGAGCGGAGAAAGAGUGGGGGGAUGGGAUCCGUGGUCUCUCGCUCAGUGCUGCCCGCUAUGCCCUCCUAAGGUUGGAAGAGGGACCACCGCACACCAAAAACUGGAGGCCCCAGGUGUUGGUCUUGCUAAAACUGGACGAGGACGCCCACGUCAAGUCUCCUCGCCUGCUGACAUUCGCCAGCCAGCUGAAGGCGGGAAAGGGCCUGACCAUCGUUGGCACAGUCGUCUCCGGCAACUUCCUGCAAAGCUACGGCGAGGCCCUCGCUGCUGAGCAGACUCUGAAGCACCUGAUGGAUAAGGAGCGUGUGAAGGGCUUCUGUCAGUGUAUCGUCGCUCAGAAGCCGCGUGAAGGCAUCAGCCACAUGAUCCAGUCCAGCGGCCUGGGAGGAAUGAAGCCCAACACUGUGGUGAUGGGCUGGCCUCACGCCUGGAGGCAAAGCGAGGACCCCCAGGCCUGGAAGACCUUCAUCAACACAGUGCGGGUGACCACAGCAGCCCACCUGGCCCUGCUGGUGCCCAAAAACAUCUCUCUGUUUCCCAGCAACAGCGAGCCCUGCACAGAGGGCUACAUCGACGUCUGGUGGAUCGUCCAUGACGGCGGGAUGCUGAUGCUGCUGCCCUUCCUGCUGCGCCAACACAAAGUGUGGCGUAAGUGCGGGAUGAGAAUCUUCACGGUGGCCCAGAUGGAGGAUAAUUCCAUCCAGAUGAAGAAGGAUCUGGCAACCUUCCUCUAUCACCUGCGCAUCGAAGCUGAGGUGGAAGUAGUUGAGAUGCACGACAGCGAUAUCAGUGCAUACACCUAUGAAAGGACCCUGAUGAUGGAGCAGAGGUCUCAGAUGCUCAGACAGAUGCGACUCUCUAAAUCAGACCGGGAAAGAGAGGGAAAUCCUGGUAGCAGCAGCAGUAGGCCAGAGGCAGGUGGAGCUACAAGGUCUCAGCGGGUACGCUGGAGUUUUGAUGAUGUGUAUCUUUCCCCCAGGUACAGGAGUACUGCAGUCCACACUUCCAACACCUCCAAAGGAAACAGAGACAGACAGGCCCAGCUGGUGAAAGACCGCAACUCCAUGCUGCGGCUGACGAGCAUCGGAUCGGACGAUGACGACGACACCGACGGCGGAGAGCGAGACAGGCCCGUGAGCGGCGGCGGCGGCAGCUCCGAGCACCACCGACGAGUUCAGAUGACCUGGACCAAAGAGAAGACGUCGCAGUACAGAGCCACGCACUCUGGCUGCUCCACGCCCGAAGGCUUCAGAGACAUGCUCAGCAUCAGGCCGGACCACUCCAACGUCAGGCGGAUGCACACCGCCGUCAAGCUCAACGAGGUCAUUGUCAACAAGUCCCACGAUGCCCGGCUCGUCCUGCUCAACAUGCCAGGACCCCCCAAGAACACGGAGGGAGACGAGAACUACAUGGAGUUCCUCGAGGUUCUCACUGAAGGAUUGGAGCGCGUCCUGUUGGUCAGAGGGGGAGGAAGUGAAGUCAUCACCAUCUACUCCUGAUUGGACAAACAACGUUAAAGAGGCAACUGAUCACGCAGAAGUGAAGCGAAGGGAGACGGUGGCUGGGGGCGGGGGGGGCCUGUGAGCUCCGGGGGACACGGGCCCCAAAAAGAGAGACUAUCAUUGGCUGCAGCGUCAGUCAUCAUGCCCAACACCCCCCACUUUCCUUUCAUCUCUACACUCUUCUGUCAUGACGAGGGUUUCCAUUCCACCUCCCUAAUGUCGAGCUGCAGAAAUGCCAACACAAUUCCACGAAUAAGCAAAAAAGAAAAAAAAAAAACGAAAAAAAAUCUAGAGCGAUCGCCUG